AUGCAAACCUCCGAUGCCUCCAAUCUUCCGAGUCGUUUGAUUCCUUCCAAGUUUUCUCAUCUCAACACGGACAAUACGGGUUUCUCCCACGGGGCGUAUAACUCGAACAGCGUCCCACUGCAGGGUUUGCAGGAUAGGAACGCUCGCCGAGCUAACAUCCCUGCUAUUAACACCACGGCCGGUCACGGCAUCCCCGACGCCAUGGCUACCUCCGGCACUUUCGACAUGAACUUCACCCCCCUCCUUCCGUCUCAGCUCCUUCUCGGCAGCCCCUUUCAGCCUGGUACCCCCUCUGCAUUUGCCUCGCCUCAAUUUGCCAAUUUUAGCGGCUUUUCCCAAGCCAAUGGCCCCGCACAUGCACAGAACCCUCAGAAUCACUUGGGAAGCCCGACACAGCCCUCGCAGAAUGCUGGACUUUAUUCAGGAAUGAUACCCACUGAUAGUAUGGGGAACUCACAGAUGCUAGGAGGACCCCAAUCCCCCGUCGGUGGUAUGGGUGGUUUGAGUAAUGCGGCGUUCGGAAGUGCUGCCGCACCAGUAACCCCUGGUCUCCUCUCAGGCACCAGCCGGACCGUAUAUUUGGGUAACAUCCCCGCGGAAACGUCCGCCGAAGAGGUCUUGAACCACGUCCGCAGCGGACAGAUUGAAUCGGUUCGGUUACUUCCUGAUAAGAACUGUGCCUUUAUCUCGUUCUUGGAUAGUAAUUCCGCCACGCAUUUCCACUCAGACGCCAUUCUUAAGAAGCUCGCCAUCAAGGGAAAUGACAUCAAAGUCGGAUGGGGCAAACCAUCUCAGGUGCCCACCUCCGUCGCUCUGGCGGUGCAACAGUCUGGCGCAUCCCGGAACGUGUAUCUGGGAAACCUGCCCGAGGAGAUGUCGGAAGACGAACUACGGGAAGAACUUGGGAAGUUCGGCCCUAUCGACACCGUGAAGGUCGUGAAGGAGAAGGCCAUUGGCUUUGUACACUUCUUAUCUAUUAGCAACGCCAUGAAGGCCGUGGCGCAACUGCCCCAGGAGGCGAAAUGGCAAGCCCCCAAGCGCGUAUUCUACGGCAAGGACCGAUGUGCCUACGUUUCCAAGACGCAGCAGCAGAAUGCGGCCCAGUUUCUGGGAAUUGCCCCGGGGUAUGCGCACAUCCUCAAUUCUGCGGAUCGCGACCUGAUCACCAACGCGCUGGCCCAGCAAUCUGUUGCGGCUGCAGCCGUGGCCACCACCGCCGGUGGUGUCAACAACCUGGGCAAUCGGACCGUUUACCUUGGCAACAUCCAUCCCGAAACUACCAUCGAGGAGAUCUGCAACGUUGUGCGUGGUGGUCUUCUGCAUCAUAUUCGCUAUAUCCCGGACAAGCAUAUCUGUUUCGUCACGUUCAUUGACCCCACUUCGGCCGCUUCCUUCUAUGCCUUAAGUAACCUACAAGGUCUGAUGAUUCACAAUCGUCGCCUGAAGAUUGGCUGGGGUAAGCACUCCGGCCCUCUGCCUCCUGCCAUUGCCUUGGCCGUGAGUGGCGGUGCCUCGCGCAAUGUUUACGUGGGCAACCUUGACGAGUCCUGGGCGGAGGAGCGCCUUCGUCAGGACUUUUCCGAGUACGGUGAAAUCGAGCUUGUCAAUACAUUGCGUGAGAAGAGCUGUGCCUUUGUUAACUUCACCAAUAUUGCCAACGCCAUCAAAGCAAUUGAGGGCAUGCGGAACCGGGAGGAAUAUAAGCGCUUUAAGAUCAACUUCGGCAAGGAUCGCUGUGGAAACCCUCCACGCCAGACCGGCAAUGGUGGACAGCAAGGUCGUAACGGGUCGGGGCUUGAAGGACCGCACUCGCCCUCACCGGCCCUCAAUGGCUACCAGCAGAACUUGAGCCAAUCUGACUCCAGCCCAACCCGAUCCGCCCUGUCUCCUGCGCCUGGCUCUACGGGUUCUCAGUCUCAGAACGGCCAGCAGAACCGACACCCCCUCCAAACAGUGCCGUCUCCAUCAGGGGUUCUGAACGUGGGAGCCAAUAAUCCUUUGACCAUGUAUCUCAAUCAGAUGUCCGCCCAGCAGGCUCAGGAACAAGAGAACCGGUUGAGCGAUCCCAUGGCCCUUGCCGCCCUGCAGUCCCAACCUCAGCCACCCCAGCAACAGGCCCUGUAUAACGGCGCCAACCCCAGCGAACUCAGUAACGGAAAUAUCGACGCACCUCUGCACCAGCAUAAGCCCUCUAGCAAUAACUUCCUCAGUGUUGCAAAUGGCUCUACAGGAUCUAGCCAUCAUGCCACCGCAAGCACCAGCAGCUUGAAUGUGCCACGGGCACAACAUUCGCGUGCUGUCAGCCUGCCGUCAUUUUCGCAGGAGCCGUUUGGGCCUGUCUCAAGUCAGCCUGGUCAUGGCCGUUCUGGUGUGGCCCAUCAGCCCCAGAGCAGCUUCUCAAGCUUCACUUCUGCCCUCGGCGGACUCAACCAUGCCGGUUUUGGGUUGGCUAUCCAGAAUGAAAGUUCGUUGCCCGGCUGGGCUGAGGAAGAGAUUGGAGCAAAAUAA